AUGACGGGCGAGGGUGUGGUAGAAGCGGAACGAAGAGGAAUCAUGAGGCUCGAGCAACGGAAGGGUGUCCGGUUUCAUGGACGAGGCCGACUAAACGCACUACCUGGCAUGCCUUUGGACAUCCUCGAAGAGAUAUUCUCGCGUCUUGAUCCCGGCGACCUCAUCCGCGUCGCGCGUACUACGAAAGCCUUCCGUCGGUUGUUGAUCACAAACAACCAGUUCUCCCAUCUAUGGAGAGACUCUUGGGCUCGCGUGGAAGGAUAUCCGGCCUGUCCUGAUGCAUUCCCACUUAUGAGUUGGAUCCAUCUACUGUUUGGCGGCUCUUACUGUCAGAUUUGCGCUGCCCCAUCUGGCCGACGCGUAUACUUCAGUAUUCGGGCAAGGGUAUGCAAGAACUGCCUUCGUAGUUCUCUGGUACGGAUCGAAUCCACUACGGUCGAUACCAUAAGACCUCGCCAACUCCAUAAGUACAUCCCUGUAGUGAAUGAGGGAAGAAAUUUAUAUGCACACUCGGAAGAUCUCAAAGACCUCGGCGCUACCUUAUCGUCCAUCACGGAGGGUGUUGAAUCCAUUGAGCGCCACGCGAUCCUCGCGGCCGCCAAAGAGUCCCUUCGGAGUUCUUUCUUGCCCCGUCUAUCUCAUCAGCAGAACUGCGAGGAGUGGCAGAGGCGCGUGAUCGCAGAACGUAGCGACGACCUCAUGGAGCAACGCCGUGACCGAAGAGAUGACAUUGUGAUGCGCUUACAAGAGCUCGGAUACCAAAGUUCCGAUGCGUGUGAUAUCUGGGGGUUGAAGGGUGUUAGCAGUAGCAAGCCGCUCACUGAUCGCAGCUGGAACACUCUUCUCCCGACGUUGCUGCCUGCUCUCAAUCGGGCUCGAAAUCGACGCCGCGAGGCUGGACGUGAAAUGCGUCGAAAUCGCCGUCUGGACGCCGCGGAGAAGGCCUACGUAGACCUUCUUCAGUCUGAUGUUGUGGAUCCUAAAGAUAUCCCAUAUCUGCCUUGGCCCGGAGAAUGUACUGAGUUCGGAUUACUACCUACUCUCAUCGAUGAGGACGAGGACGAACUCUCCUCUGAAUGGAUGCAGAGAGUUGAUGCAGCCCUCGGCGAUGCACUACGUCUCAUGCACCACUCUCUCCAGAGACACGUGGCAGAAUUCGCAUCCCUACUCCCAGGAUUCGACGGGAGCGUCCCGGAGGCGAAUCUUCGCGACAUACCUUCGAUCGAUCUCGACGAUCUGGCAACUUCGGUAUUUGUUGUAAAGAAACCCUUCGACUCCUGGCGCAAUGUCUGCUUCGGUAAAGAGGUCGUCGCCUGCUCUGCCGUUCGCCCCUACUUUUCCUCUAGUGAAGCUGGAUCCGAGUACUGCGACUCGAGACUUACAUGUGUGGUUCAACCUACUCCGGCAUCUGUCGUCGCCGCCGUUCAGAUGUUGCUGAACAUCCUCCGUCUGAGCUUCCUAACCACAAUACCCGAACUUGACGUCCUCGAUCCUGCCUUCAUCUGCAAGACAUGCCCAACUCAACACAACCGAUACUACCUCUAUGAUGACGAGCACAGACAUGAGCUAUACUAUCGGCAACUGCUCAACUGGCGGGACGUUGUACAGCACGUUCUAGAUGUACAUGACGAUAACCCCGGCUAUGUUCGACUUCAUGUUCUGUCCGACGGAGAACGAACAGCGAUCGGUGCUGAAGGGACUCUCGUGGCGCUCAGGCACAGCUUCUACGGAGAAAGUCGCAUGGCAACCCCCUUCGCCUGUUGCCAUUGUACCGAAGAAUCGAUGCCUUCUACCUCACCUGGGAGACUCCAUUACUACUCUCGAGAAGAUGCCCACAUACACUCGUUUCAUCGACAUGGUAUUGGAUCUGCGGUUGAAGGCAUAGACUACUUCCAGGGCCCACUGGAGCAUCGCGGUGUGCUGGGAGGCACUCGAAGGGAGUACUGUUUAUGGGAGGAACAGUCCGAGGCAGUCGAUGACUCCACAUAUAGUCCUCCCUCCCUCUUCUGA